AUGGAACGUUUGAUGCUGUUCAGGCCACUUCAGCAGGCUAAACGUAAUGAUUAUCUACAAUGGGACGAAUACUUCAUGGCUCUUGCCCUCCUUUCCGCUAUGCGGAGCAAAGAUCCCGUAACUCAAGUUGGUGCUUGUAUAGUCGACAAUGAAAACAAAAUCGUCUCCGUGGGUUAUAACGGUAUGCCCGUUGGGCUCUCGGACGACGAAUUGCCGUGGACAAAGAGGCAAGAAGAUCCAUUGCAAAACAAAAAUUUUUACGUUUGUCAUGCAGAACUAAAUGCUGUGCUCAACAAGAACACUUUAAGCGUCAAGGGUUGCAAAGUCUACACCACUCUCUUCCCGUGUUAUGAAUGUGCCAAAGUUAUGAUUCAGUCAGGCAUCAGGGAAGUUAUUUACUUCGACGAGAAGAAGACCAUCACUCCAUCUGGCGAUGCUUCAAAAAUUAUGUUCUUGAAAGCAAACGUAAAAUUGACGUAA